UAGUAGUUUAUUCAUUUUAAAAACACAAUAGAUACAAAGAGACACCCUAUGAAUAAUAAGGCACCAGUUGCAGUGGAGGAUCUUUUACAAGUGACGGUAUAUCCUUAACAAGAAGAAAUGAGGGGUAUUUGCCUUGUUCUGCUUAUCGCUGUUAUUGUAGAAUCAGACUAUCCUGCUGAUGGAAUUAAUGAAGAUAACAAGGAACUCAGUGAAGAAGAGCUCAAAGGAUUACUUCUACAAUCAAAUAUGAAUUUUGCUGUUAAUAUCUAUAAGCAGGUUGCUUCCUCAGCCCUAACCGAGAAGAAAUCCCAACCAAAAAACAUAUUUUUUUCUCCUGUAAGCAUUGCCACUUCCUUAGCCAUGUUAGCUCUAGGAGCAAAAGCUGAAACCCGUAAUCAAAUUCUAAAUAGUUUAGCACCAAAAGAAACACGCAUUCAAGAAGACAAAAUACAUAAUGCUUUUAGGCAUUUCCUCCAGGUUCUGAAUAAACCAAAGAAAGAUCUGAAAAUUACAAUUGGCAAUGCUGCAUUUGUAGAAGAUGAGCUAAAUAUCCUUAAGAGUUUUGCUAAUGAAGCAGAAAGUUAUUACCAAGCAGAUGUUUUUCCCACUAACUUCAAGAAUCCUAAGGAGGCUGAGAGACAGAUCAAUAAUUAUGUUAAGAACAAAACAAAUGGGAAAAUAAAGGAACUGGUCCGAGGUCCAAGUACAGAAACUAACCUUCUACUGGUGAACUACAUCCUGUUUAAAGGCGAAUGGGAGUACCCUUUCAGCCCAGAUUUUACACGUUUAAGUAUGUUCUCCAUUGACAAUAACACUAAAGUGGAGGUGAAAAUGAUGUCCCGUAUGGGUCGUUAUGAUAUAUACCUGGAUAAUGAGGUUCCCUGUACUGUCCUCAAACUGCCAUAUACGGAUGAUGCUUUAAUGCUCCUAAUUAUGCCAAAACUGGGACAAGUCGAAGAUGUAGAAGCAGCAUUGUCUAAGGACACCAUAUUAAGAUGGAGAAAUUCAACAUCUAAAAAAUUUCUGCGCCUCUACAUGCCCAAGUUCUCAAUCAGUUCUUCUCUUAAACUGAAAGAGAUCUUCAGCGACAUGGGAAUGAACAAUAUGUUUAGUGACCAGGCGGAUUUCUCUGGGAUUGUGGAAGAUGGGAAAUUGAAAUUGUCUAAAGUGAUCCACAAGGCAGUCUUGGAUGUUGAUGAAAAGGGAACAGAAGCAGCCGCAGUAACAGCUGUUAACGUGAUUCGCUAUUCACUAUUAAAAUCACAAAAAGUUGACAGACCAUUUUUGGUGGUUAUCUGUAGCAAAGAAACUGAUACCAUACUCUUCAUAGGAAGAAUCGUCAACCCAACAGAUAUGUGAUGUUUCCAAGUUUAAUGCACAUAACAGUUUUAAGGCCUUUCAGGUGACAUAAGGUCUAAUUUUAUUAACUAUAAAGGUUUAUAAGAAAAAUAAAAUUCACAGGAUGAAAAGUGUGUGGGUGGGUGGUGGGGGAUUUCUACUACCCACCCUCCUUUUCAACUGCACCAGAUCUAAAAGUCCAUCAAAUCACACUGAACAAGUAUGUUUAAACCAGGGCUCAAAAGACCUGAGCUCAGAAGAUGGUUUAAAAAAUAUAUUAUAUUAAUACAUUGGGGGUGUAAGGACUAAGGGAAACACGUGUAAUGCACAAAAACACAAUAGCCUGCAUGGGACAAAACAUUAUGAUGACCCAUUUCUGCAGGAAUAUACCAAUAGAUGUAAAUAUGAUAAAGUACAUUUUUAUAGUAUUUAAUAAUAAUAUUAAUAAUAUAUACAGCAGGUAACUCACAGACACAAACACUCAAACAUUUAAAGAAUACUUACUUUGAUAUAAAUAUAUGAAUACUAUAUUAUAACAUAUUGAAAAAUGUAAAUAAUUAAAUAUAUAUUUUGUAGCAUAACGUACCUGCAAAUGGUGAAUGAAAUCCUCCAGCGUGGUUACUAUUGCAAAUGGUAAGAUGAUUGUAAAAAUAGAGUAGAAAUGGAUUCUUUUUUUUCUUUUUUUUACUUCUGAAAUAUAUAUAGUUUACCCCUGUUGUAAAAUUUAGGAAUAUUAGAUUUUCCAUGGCCAUAUAAAGGCAUAGGGGUAGAGGCUAAAUGACAACUGAUAUACUUGUAUUUAAAAUAAUUUUCCAUAAUUACCAAGUUUCAGUGAGUCAAUUGGCAAAUAUAUGGUCAUUUUUUAUUGUCAACUUUAAUUUUGUAUUUAAUAAAAUUAUUUAAAAUGC